AUUUGAACGGUGAGAACAAUUUUGUACCCGUCCAAAUUACUCCAAAUUACUCCCGUCGUGCCAAAUCGCUCACGGAUUCAAAUUAUUCCUGGGAGAAAUUUUGACCCGGGAACGAUCUGGCACGACGACGUCACCAGCAACAACAACCUCGACGUCACAGUCAGCUGUUUCUUCUUACGCUCCAUAUUGUCAAGCAAACGUGCCCUGGUUUUACGUGUCUCUACUGUUGAUCCCCGCUGUUAAAUAACUGGAAGAGCAGAAAUGUCUUGUCUACUGGAGGAGGUUGCAGCUAUUGGCAGCCCAUCAGAGAUAGUGCAGUGGCUGUGUCCCCACUUGUAUCCUGGGCGAGGGCAUGGAUCCCCUGUGCCAGGAACAGGCUCCACCCACCUAACAGAUAUAGACUGGAGUGAAGAAUGGGAUGGGUGGAAUGAUAUUGACCAUGGUGGAGGAGGAAAAGGCUUGUCAGUUAACAAUGAAGAUGGUGGUUCCCUGAAGAGGUCCUCUCCAUCUUCCCCAUCUCCACAACCUGAAGCCUCAUGGCUUACAGAGUGCAUCACUGCCAUAUCUCCAACUUGUGACAUCAUGGCUAUUGGCUACAAGAACAGAUUGGCCAUUUUGUCCCGUCGGUGGGAAAACUUGGCAGAGGAGAAUGAGGGAAUGAAGCUUGUCACAACUUGGAGAGGCACAGUUGGAUAUACCCCUGAUGAUGAAAUUAGUGCUGUGCUGUGCCUGCCACUCAUUUCCCAAAAGCAGAGCAGCACAGGAGGGCCAGACUGGACCUGCAUCAUUGUUGGCUUCACCUCAGGAUAUGUCGCCAUGUAUACUGAGAAUGGCUUGGUGCUUCUGUCCCAGCAAUUUGAAGAGCAGAUGGUGCUGAGCCUGACCUGCCGCACACACCCAGCUGGGAGCCCACUGGUGCUGGCACAGGAUGGAACAGAGGAGCUGGUGAUGUUGUAUCCUCGUGCCAUCACAACUAUUGAUGGUUUUUCCCUGUUCCAGACUCUUCGGGGCUGUAGGAAUCAAGUUGCUAAAGCUGCUGCCAGUGGGGGUGACACAGUGACUGUACCUCCACUUGGUUACAAAAAAUGGGGGCUGGUGGACCAGGGAAUGGUGAAGGACUGUGUUGCUCCAGGCCUGUGUCCCCCAUCCAUCUACGACCACAUGGCUCAAGCAUCAGUUGCCAAAGGUUUCAGCCACACUGUUUUCACAGCAGUGCCGGCCACUUCCUUGCACAUUACAACAGGCCGAGGGCCAUUUGCAGGUUUCCUCACAGCACAUGAAGGUUCAGCUCCUCCCUUCAUGGCUGAUGUGGCUCGUCAUUAUGCUAGCAAGUUGAAAGAUGCCCUUGUCUCAGCUGCCAGUGGCUGGUUGUUUGGGAAAAGCAAGAAUAAAGAAACUGAUCCAUCAAAGAUGAAACCGAAAAUUGAACCAGCAACUCCCUUACCAUACAGAUGGUCCUUACCAGACAAGCCACGACUAGGUCUCUCCAUCAGUAUGAGCUCCAGCAGGCGCCUGGCUGCCAUAACAGAUGACUUGGGCCGUGUCACUCUUUUAGACGUGCAGAAAGGCAUUGCUGUCCGAAUGUGGAAAGGUUACCGUGAUGCUGACUGUGGCUGGGUGGAGGUGGAGGGUGAGUGGGGUGGCACCAAGCGCUGGGUUACCUUCCUGCUUAUCUAUGCUCCACGUCGAGGUCUGCUGGAGGUUUGGAUGCCACAGCAAGGACCCAGGGUGGCAGCCUUUAAUGUUCCUAAACAGUCAAAAUUAAUCUACACCCCCCACACUCUGCUUGGAGCCAACAGUGUGAGGGGUGUGCGGUGCAAAGUGUUUCCCGUCAUUUUCAUCACCCCUGAUGGUACAAUGAGUGAAGUGAACAUCCCCUUCCACCUUGCUCUGGGAGGGAAGACCAGUAAGCGUGCCCGAGACCUUCACCUCCUCAAGACCCUCAAGUCCCAUCUCAAAGGUGGCAGUGAGGAGGAGAUGUUGACUGUAAUGUCUGAGAUCAAAACAAUGACAGUGAGGAAGCAGGCUGUGCUGACCCUCAUCCUCUCACAGCAUCUUACUGUAUCACUGCUGCAGGGGCUUCUGGACCUUUUUCUGCCUAUCUACAGUGUAGAGGAAGAAGUAGAAGCUAGGGAGGAUAUUCACACGUUGGACCAUGAAAGCCGCCUGUUUGGGCAGCAAUUGGUGCGUCUGAGGCAGCUGCUGGAUCUGUACCUGGUGCUAAGCCAACUCCAUGCACCUCGAGAAGCCUCUCCUGAUCCUGAGGAUGAUGUGCUGGUGAUGGAUUUGGCAAAGAUUUUAGUGCUGACACCCAAGGAGAUAAUGGAUGUGAUAACAACAUGUGGCUGCAAUGAGCACUUCAAGAGAAGCAACACUAAAAAGGUAAAAUUUUCUGAUGGAGAGCUGGUCCUCAGUGUUGGUUCCUUCAUCCGAUGUUGGGAUGUGUCUGUUGGGGUGCUGGCCAGAGACAGAGGAACUUCAGCACUGCCUGUUGAUCUAAAAGGAGAUAUACAAGUGGAGAAGAAAAUUAGGCUAGGUGAAUUGCUCUAUGGAUGGCAGUGGCACAGAGAGAGCAUCAGGAAGUUCCAUCAAGUAGUGGAGAAAAGUGGAGCCAGUCCUGAGUCAUUGCUACACCUGGCUUUGGAGCAUUGGCUGCAGGGCCCCUCCCCAGACACUGUGGCCACUCUGCAUUUUGGCAUGGUGGUGCAUAUCUUGUCUUCCUUGGCAGAGAACAAAAUCCUGUGUGAUGUGAGUGAACAGAGUGCAUGGUGGAUUGCUGUGAGGGACAAGCUAGUGGCCUCUGAGCAGCCUUUCCAUGCCUACAUGGCUGCAUUGCUUUGCCGAGGUGUCCAUGCCACCCUGGAAACCAAAGCUUAUCAGAACAAGGAAGACAGUGCAAAAACAGGAAGAAGUAGAGAAGAAGACAAGGAGGGUUGGACACAACCCACAGCCAAGUUUAUGUCCCUGAAUGACUGGGAAGGUUUAUCGAUGGAAAUGGUAGAAUGGAAUUUAGUGCUCUGGCAACUUGGGUGUUUGCUGCCUCUGAAUAGACUCUUCUCUUGCCUGCCAUCAAAUGGACCUGAGAGGAAGUUGAAGCUAGAGGUGUCUGUCAAAAAUUUAUUAGAUAAGGGUAAAGGAUAUGUUGCUGAACUGGUAGCUAACUGGUUUAUUGGUUCUGGGAUACCCCUGUCAACCAUUAAAAAGAUACUAACAAGACAUGAUGAGCAGACAAGAAAGAAACAUCAAGUUGAUGCAGAAGAUGAGGAGGAGACCAAGGCUGUGCCAGAUGAUGAGACAUCUUGUGAAGAAAAAACAGAUGGUGAACUUGGUGAUCAUGAGGAAAUAUUCAAUUUACUGGAGAAGGUUGGGGAAAAGUUCCCUCACUCAGUGGCUGGUGACUCGGUGCUCACAAACAUGGCUUGGGAAUUGGCUGCUGCCUGGCACAAGAACCCAGAUGAUGUUGCCAAGUUGUCACAGGCUGUUGCUCACAUUGGAGAAAUAAAGAACUCCCAUAUCAGGCAUGGAGUUGCUGUGAUGAUAUGGGAGACAUGGGUCAGCAGGAGCAUCCAGUCUGCCUUGGGAUUGGUGGAAAAAGUUGGUCGCCUCCCCAAAGAUCGGUUGUGUCGUCGGGACCUUGGGCUUUGUGAACACAGCUUGGCACUAGUGUUCAAGGCAGCAUCAGAGCUAUUAGAACAAGUGCUGGAGGCUAAUGUAGUGUGUGAGGUGGAGAAGCCACUAGUGCUGAGUGCUGACAGGUUCUGGAUUGGUCAGGAAGGAUCACCUUCCUUGGUGGAGCUAACCAUCAUGCAAAAGAUGACUUGUUAUGAUCUUGUGUAUCAUCACCACCAGCUGCUUUCCGUCCUGUUCUUCAUUGCUCAUCACAACCUUAAGAACAUGAAGCCCCUGUCCUGUUUUGAUGGCAAGGGUCGUAGUGUUUUCUUCAAGCCACUUUCUACAAGUUGGACAUUUGAGGCUCAGGCUGAUCCCAGUGUGUCCAAAGCUCGAAUGUCCCUCAUGUGUAAGGUGAUCAGUACCACAGUAAAUGCCUUGCCAGAAAACACCAGUCCUUCACAGGGUAUUGCACCAAGUGUUCGACGAGCUCUUGAUCUGACCCGGGGAUGGAACAUGGCUGUUGAUCCUCUGAACCGGCAGUACAUCUGUGAACUGUAUAACUCAGGCUUUGACAAACAGGCAGAAGAGAUCAUACCUUUGGUUAGUGACCGAGCUUUGCUGGGUUCUCAGCUUGUUCUUCUCUCUGGCCAGCGGCUUCACCACCACCUAGCCACAUCUACACAUGCUGCCCACCACCAGGCCCUCACUUCCCCAGCCAUCACAGAGUGGCUCAAGACAUUGGACUCAGGAAGCUUGCGGUGUACAGGAGUAUCUCUGAAGCAGAGUCUGGAGCUGCUGAAUCAUGCUUUGCACUUGCUGGUUGAGGGAUCUCAGGAGUACCGAAUGGCCACUGCCCUCCACCAGACCUUCUCAGCUUUCAUUCAGGAUGAGGAGGCUGAUUUACCCACCUAGCAGAACCUGUAAACUGUAGCAUUUAAUAUUGUUAUUUAUGUUAUUGGAGUUCAGUAUAUACUAAUGUUAGAAAAUAAUGGGAAAAUGUCUAUUUAGUAUAGAAAUAAAAAGAAACCUUGUAUAAAAAUCAAAGGCAGCCUUGAAGAUACAGGGCCCUUUAAUUGCUUUACUCUAAUUUUCUUGUUAAGAGUUCAGCAAUAUGGUUAGCAAAUGAAAAGCAGGCAUAAACAAAAUAAAAAUACAUAAUUGUAAUACACGCACUACUUUUUCUGAUUUAUUUGUAAUGGUUGUCAAAAUCAGAAUCAUUCAUUUCAUUUCAAGGUUUGGUAUAAUGUCUCUUGAAAGCUACAAGAACCACACCAAGAUGACAAAUCAUCUUUUUAUCUCUCCACAAGUAUGAAUAGUCAAAUCUUGUGUAUAUUCAACAUAUUAUUUCCCUCCUUUCUAAAAUAUGUUAUUGCAUAAAAAGAUAUUUAAUAGCUUUUAUAUGAAGUCUUGUAAUAAAGGUUAGUGUAUACUGAAUAAACAUACCUUUCAUUAUGGAUAUGGUCCAGGAUCAUUUUUUUUUUUUUGCCAUAAUUUUUCAAAGUAACAUUAAUUCUAACAUUUUGUGCCUCCUGCUGGAGAAGACUUGUUUUGAUUAAAUACAUAUAAAGCUUUAAUUAGUAAUAUGUACAUUUUUUAAAUAAUUGCCACAAUAUAUAGGAUUUAUAAA